AUGAACAGCUGUCUCCGCAAGGACGAGGAUGAUGAGCCGAAACUCACUCAUGUGUCUGCAACUGGUGCCGCCCACAUGGUAUCUAUACAUUCUAAGACACCUACCACUCGCACAGCCAAGGCUGUGUGCACUGUUGUAUUCUCUGACUCCACCGCCCCGCGCCUCAUCCAGGAGAACCAGAUGAAGAAGGGUGACGUCCUGGGAGUUGCACGCAUUGCAGGCAUAAUGGCUGCGAAGCGUACGCCUGACCUGAUCCCUCUGUGCCACCCGAUUGCGCUUUCGCACGUAGUGGCACGCAUUAUGGAAUACUACCUCUUUAUCUUUGAAAACAUUCCGUUUCAUCACAUUGGUCUUGAUCAUGGCGAGUUAAGCAAUGUCAGCCUCUAG